AUGAUGAUAAUAAUUGAGACUGCAAUAAUAAGUCAAAGUCUAAAAUGUCUGAUGAGUUAGCAAACUGCAAUAAAUUAGGGUAUCACCUAAACUGAAACCCCACAUGUCAAGGGCAAAACAAGAAAAAUCAAUAAUCAAUAGUAUUACCCAAAGAAGAGGUCCCUUAAUAUAAACAUAACCUCUAAACCACAUGGUCAUGCUCUCAACAUUGGUAUGCAAUUGCAACAUCCAUCAUCAUCCAUGUGGGGACUUUGAUCACAUGGUGAGCAAGGUCUCGGUGUCUCUCUCCUCGUGAUCCAACGGCUCUAAAAUCUAAUCAAGGAUCCAUAUCGCCCGUUGAUUCGAAACUGGGUCCACAGUCUUCUAGACUAAUUGGAUUGUUCUUUGUCCCUCCACUGUCUCCUCACCACAAUGCAAUAUCCCAACACCCAUUAGCUGUUUUAUAUUGUGCCCAUAAACAAAGGUAAACACAAAAGAAGACCCUUAACCAUAAACUAAACCCCACAGGACUAAAGAUCAUAUAACACUGCUUGUGCUUUGGGUUUGGGUCAUCCAUCUAAGGGUCUUCCCCACCGACCCUUGUGAUCAGACGGUCCACACGAGGCGCGUGGCCCCGGAUUAGCUUUUCUAGUGUGGAUGGCUAAAUAAAUAAUUCCCCUUAGAAAGCAGAAUAAAUUCCGACUUAGAUGUGUGUUUUAUUCUGUCUCCCUUGCCUAAUCAAUCUCUUUUAUAUAAUAGUAUUCCUCCUCUUCCUAUCUCCUCAUCACAACUCAGCACAUAUUUCAUUCUCUCAAGCUUUGAAAUAGCCUAAAGGAGUUUUCUUCUCUGAUCAUUAGCAACUGUCAUAUUCAUAUUGAUCAAACAGUUCAUCAACCAACAAACCAAACUCGGAGUCUUUCGUUUCUCUAACAAGGAUUGAUCUGAUUUUAGUUCUAAGAAUAUCAUCGAUCAAGAAACAAUGGCAAGGUCUGAGACAUACGAAAAUGACCUCCAUCUCGAAGCAACUGAGCUCAGGUUAGGAUUACCAGGGAGCAAAGAGCCUGAAAAUCAAUCUAACUCUAAUAAUGUGGCUAGAAGUAUCAAGAGAUCAUCACCUGAUCAACUUCCUGCGGAUUCCUCUUCAACAAACAAUUCUAGUGUUUCUGAUGCUAGAAAUGAAGAUUGCCCCCCUCCUUCCAAGGCACAAAUUGUUGGAUGGCCACCAAUCCGUUCAUACAGAAAGAACACCCUUCAGACCAAGAAAAGCGAGUCUGAUGCAUCCGGGAUGUUUGUGAAAGUAAGCAUGGACGGAGCUCCAUACCUGAGGAAGAUUGACCUGAAGAUGUACCAGAGUUAUCCAGAGCUGUUAAAGGCUAUGGAAAGUAUGUUCAAGAUCUGUAUCGGACAAUAUUCUGAAAGAGACGGAUAUAAUGGAUCUGAUGUAGCACCCACCUACGAAGACAAGGACGGUGACUGGAUGCUGGUUGGAGAUGUACCAUGGGAGAUGUUCAUCACCUCCUGCAAAAGGCUUCGGAUCAUGAAGUCUUCAGAAGCGAAGGGACUUGGAUGUCUAUAAAAAAAAACAAAUACAUGAGCAGAUUAUCAAUCUUUAAAACUCACAACAUAUAGAAUCAGCAGAUUAUCAAACAAACAAAAAAAAAGCUUCUGCUCGAGGUUUUUUUUUUUUUACUUUGUGUCUUUCUGAAAGAGAGGCUUAGGAACACAUACAGGGAAUUGUCAGAUCAGAUUUUUCUUCUUUUUUUUUUCUUCCCUUUUUUUUUUCAUUUUGUUUUCUAUUUUGGUUUCUUGUGACCUUCUUGGAUGGUUUUGAGUUUCAUUCUGGUUUUGCAGCAACAAACUGAUAACAAAAGUCAAAACCUGUACUGUUUUUUAUACUUUGGAUAUAUAUGUAUUUGCCUAAGAUUCAAUUGUACAAAUGCAAGAAAUAUAGAUAUGACAGAAAAAAGCCAAAAGUAACAAUGACAUUGUUGACAUGAUAUAUACUCUUUA